CCCCCUAUCGCCCUCCCGACGAUGAGCUCUCGCCUCUUCUCCAAGCCCCUCCCCACCGUCUCCAGAUCCCUCGCCCUCGCCAGGCGUCCUCCACGCCAUGUCGUGCUCGCCCGCGCCGAGUCCACCAUCAACACCGCCGUCGCCGCCAAAGCGCGCGUCCUCAAGACCCUGCCCGAGUUCUCCAUGGCCAACAAAGUCUGCAUGGUCACCGGCGCCGCGCGCGGGCUCGGCAACGAGUUCUGCCGCGCGUUCAUCCAGUCCGGCUGCACCAACCUCGCCAUCCUCGACCUCAAGGAGGAGGAGGCCGCCGAGGCCGCGCAGGAGCUCGUCAAGGCGUCGUGCGUUGACAGUGACAUGGAACCCGGCGACUACAAUGUGAUUGGCAUCGGCUGCGACGUGUCCUCUGAGCUGUCCGUCCAGCAGGCGUUCCGCCGCGUCAUGGACACGUACGGGCGCAUAGACUCGGUCGUCGCGUCAGCAGGAAUCGUCGAGAACUACUCUGCGUUCGACUACCCCUUCGACCGCAUAAAGCGCCUGUAUGACAUAAACGUGCACGGCGCGUUCUUCACCGCACGGGAAGCUGCUCGGAACAUGAUACCCCAGGGUGGAGGCAGCAUCACGCUCGUGGCAAGCAUGAGUGCCAACAUCGUGAACAUUCCCCAGCCACAGACCCCGUACAACGCGGCCAAAGCAGCCGUGAAACACAUGGCGGCGAGUCUUGCUGUGGAGUGGGCGAAGAAGGGCGUCCGCGUUAACUGCCUGAGCCCGGGUUAUAUGUUGACGAAGCUCACGAAGACCAUCCUGGCGCACGACCAGGAACUCAAGAAAACAUGGGAAAGCCUGACACCGAUGGGGAGGAUGGGUGACCCCGAGGACUUGGCAGGCGCCGUGGUCUUCCUGUCGAGCGACGCGUCCCGUUUCAUGACGGGUUCCGAGAUCCGCGUCGACGGUGGCUACUGCAUCAUCUAGUCCCCCUUCGCCACGAUCGAACAGAUUAGAUCAGUCCCGAUCCGGCUCCGCGUCGGGCUAUCAAAGAUAAACAUGAAACCGAACAGAACCCGAUUGACUCAAGAAAUAGAAAGCCCAGUAGAAGUAUCUUACUCACCUCAUCGACAUCGAUAUCGUUGGUCUAGUCCCCUCUGUCCCCUCCCGUCGUCCCCUGCCCAUACAUCCCUGGAUUCGGACUGCCGUUUACGUUUGUGCUGUCUCUCUUACGUCCCUGUCUUGUCUACAUCUUGGCUCAACUCAUCUACGAUAAGCAAUGCAGCAUACCUAUACCUCCCAUCAUAUCCUAGCGUCGUAGAGGCGGCUUGUUGCGGCGUGUACGUUGUCGUUACUCUGGGGGGUUAGUGUUGUAGCAGGCCGGUUCUAAUCUUAUUUGUGUUGUCUCAUU